AAAUCUUUAUCUCAAGAAGAAAAUCUAAAGGAUCAGUUUAACCAUACGCUCAGUACCUAUGAAGAAGCUUUAAAAAACAGAGAGAAAAUUGUUUCCAUCACUCAACAACAAAAUGAGGAACUGGCUACCCAACUGCAACAAGCUCUGACAGAGCUAGCAAACAUGGAAUUACAGCUUCGGCAUGCUGUAGAGGCCUCCCAAGUGGCCAAUGAAAAAGUUCAGAAGUUGGAAAGGCUGGUGGAUGUCCUGAGGAAGAAGGUUGGAACAGGGACCAUGAGGACAGUGAUCUGACUGAAAAAAUGACAGUCUGGGGAAGCAAUCACAUCUGGUGACCAGGCUGCUUCAUUCAACACUGUGUAAACACUAAAGCCUUAACUUAGC